AUGGAACCGAUUCCAAAGACUCAGAGAACUAUUCACGAUGACUCCAAGUCCAUGGGCAGACGCUUUGUUGACCUGGCCAAGUUUUUAUCAUCGUUAAAAAGCGAUUUAGAUCUCGCAAAUGUCACAGCUCCGCCGUUCUUUCUAGCACCAUCUUCAGUCGUCGAGAAUCCCGGCAGCUGGGCAAAGAAGCCCCUACUCUUCACAGCACCUACAAAAGAACUCGAUCCAGCGAAACGAAGCCUUUCGGUCCUGCAAUUAUUCUUAGCAGGCCUCCGAAGUCAACUGUAUGUUGCAGGCGCUCCAAAUGUUAGCAUCAAGAAACCUCUCAAUGCUUUUCUUGGUGAGCUCUUCCUCGCUUCUUGGAGCGAGGGUGACAGUGAUACCAAGUUGGUAGUUGAGCAGGUUAGCCAUCAUCCACCAAUCACUGCGAUGCAUAUCUCUGCAGAUGGAAUAAGAGCAGAUGGGUAUGGACGAGUUGAGAUGACAUUUAAUGGAAACAUUAAUAUUCGGCAAAUGGGACACGCUAUUAUACACCUCGACAAGUUUGACGAGGAUUACCUGGUUCCUCUAACAGACGUCACUGUGAGGGGAUUUCUGUCGGCGUGUCUUUAUCCAGAGAUCAUUGGCACUUACACAAUCGUGUCCAGCUCUGGAUAUGUCUCGGAAAUUGACUUUUCUGGCGCUGGUAUCUUUCGAGGCAAGCGAAAUUGCUUCGAGGCGAGGGUGUAUCACAAAGAUGAGCCCAAGAAGCAUUGCUACAAGCUAUCAGGAGUCUGGAGCGAGGGAUGGAAGAUUACCGACAGCAAAGGAAAGCUGUUGGAAACAUACACUGUCGACCCAGAGACAUCCGCAGACAUGCAUAUCGACCCAGUAGAGCAGCAAGAUCCACGAGAGUCAAGAAGGGCAUGGGGAGAAGUUAUAUCAGCUCUAGAGCAAGGGAACUAUCGGGAUGCAUCUCACGCGAAGCACGAGGUUGAAGAGGCGCAGCGGCAAAAGAGGAGAGACGAGAAGUUGCAGGGAAAGUCGUGGGAGCCGUUGCUGUUUCGGAGCGUGCCGGGUGAUGAGCAUCAAGCUUUUCAUCGAUUGGCCCAAGGGACGAAAUGGAAGCUUCAUGACCAUGAGACAAAGGGAGUUUGGAGGCUUGACGACGAGGCUUUGCGGAGGAUGCAAAAAGAGGAUGGACAGAUUACGAUAUGA